CGGCGGCGGAGACGGGCACCGCCGGGGCCGUGAGGGAGCGGGGAGAGCUGGGGCUCCGCGUGGGAACGGGGUCCGUGAAGGAGCGGGGAGAGCCGGGGCUCCCAUGAGGGGCCGAGGCCAGCGGGGUCCGUGAGCAGCAGCAUGGCAGAAGGCUCCGUCUCCCCGCUGAAGCACUUCGUGCUGGCCAAAAAGACCAUCACUGCCAUCUUCGACCAGCUGCUGGACUAUGUCACUGAGGGGGCAGCCUUUGUGGAGGCGUGGUCUGGCAGGGAUGCCUGGCAUGGUUACACAGCCACGUACAGGAACCCAGAGCUUGAGCAUGUAGCAACAGAAGAUGAACUAGCAAAAAUACAAGCUUAUAAAAACAAGUUGGCAGUCAUUGGUGAGGUGCUUUCACGGAGACACAUGAAAGUGGCAUUUUUUGGCAGAACAAGCAGUGGGAAAAGUUCAGUCAUUAAUGCAAUGCUGUGGGAUAAGGUACUUCCUAGUGGGAUUGGCCAUACAACCAACUGCUUCCUCAGCGUCGAAGGGACUGAUGGAGAUAAGGCUUAUCUUAUGACAGAAGGAUCAGAUGAAAAGAAGAGUGUUAAGACUGUCAAUCAGCUUGCUCAUGCACUUCACAUGGAUAAGGAUUUGAAAGCUGGCUGUCUCGUCCAUGUCUUUUGGCCCAAGUCAAAGUGUGCCCUGCUGAGAGAUGAUUUGGUUUUAGUGGACAGCCCUGGCACAGAUGUCACUACAGAACUGGACAGCUGGAUUGACAAGUUCUGCUUGGAUGCUGAUGUGUUUGUCUUGGUUGCCAACUCUGAAUCAACUCUCAUGAACACGGAGAAGCAUUUUUUCCAUAAAGUGAACGAACGACUUUCGAAGCCAAACAUCUUCAUCCUGAAUAAUAGAUGGGAUGCCUCUGCCUCAGAACCAGAGUACAUGGAAGAUGUGCGGAGGCAGCACAUGGAGCGCUGUCUGAAUUUCCUGGUCGACGAGCUCAAAGUUAUUGAUCCUGUAGAAGCAAGGAAUCGAAUCUUUUUUGUUUCAGCAAAGGAAGUUCUGAGUGCCAGGAGACAGAAGGCUCAAGGAAUGCCAGAGGGUGGUGGAGCACUUGCUGAAGGAUUUCAAACAAGAUUCCAGGAAUUUCAACAUUUUGAGCAGAUAUUUGAGGAGUGUAUCUCGCAGUCAGCCGUGAAAACCAAGUUUGAACAGCACACUAUCAGAGCUAAACAGAUAAUAGAUACUGUGAAAAACAUUAUGGACACCAUAAACGUGGCAGCAGCAGAGAAAAGAGUCCAUUCCAUGGAAGAGCGAGAGGAUCAGAAGGACAGGCUGGACUUCGUUCGAAACCAGCUGAACAUUCUGACGGAAGAUACGAAGGAAAAAAUCAAACGUGUUACUGAGGAGGUCGAAAAUAAAGUCUCCUCUGCCAUGACUGAUGAGAUUUGCCGACUUUCAGUUUUAGUUGAUGAAUUUUAUUCAGAUUUUCACCCUUCUCCUCAAGUGCUGAAGCUCUAUAAGUCAGAACUGAACAAACACAUAGAAGACGGUUUGGGGAAGAACCUGGCUGACCGCUGCUCCAGUGAGGUCAACCAGUCAAUGCACCAGUCCCAGCAGGAGAUCAUUGAAAAUCUGAAACCAUUGUUGCCUUCUAGUGCUCAGAAUCAGCUCCACUUGCUAAUUCCAUGCAGGAAGUUUGACCUUAGCUAUGAUCUAAACUGUCACAGCCUGUGUGCAGAUUUUCAAGAGGAUAUCAUGUUCCACUUUUCUUUGGGAUGGACUUCACUUGUAAACCGUUUCUUGGGUCCUAAACAAGCUCAGAAAGUACUCUUGGGACUAGUAGAUCCAAACCUACAAAUCCCUCGUCCUUUAGCCACCACCCCGUCUGCCGCCAGCCUUCCCGCUGGAACUCCAGACACUGUGCCCCAGGAUGACUUUAUGGUUCCUUUGGUACUGAGUUUAGCCUCGCUGACCUCACGGACCUCCAUGAGCAUCAUCGUUGUUGGCGGAGUGAUUUGGAAAACUGUAGGCUGGAAGCUGAUCUCGUUCUCCCUGAGCAUGUACGGACUGUUGUACCUGUACGAGAGGCUGACCUGGACCACGCGGGCCAAGGAGAGAGCCUUCAAGCAGCAGUUUGUGAACUACGCCACCGAGAAGCUGCAGAUGAUCGUCAGCCUCACCAGCGCCAACUGCAGCCACCAGGUGCAGCAGGAAAUGGCCACUACCUUUGCUCGGCUCUGUCAGCAGGUAGAUAUUACCCAGAAAAACCUGGAAGAAGAAAUUGCUAGGCUUUCCAAAGAAAUAGAUCAGCUGGAGAGCAUACAGAACAACUCCAAGCAGCUAAGAAAUAAAGCCAUUCACCUUGAGAACGAACUAGAUCGCUUCACAAAACACUUCCUUCAAAAGAGUAAAUAAACUGUCCUUGCGAACCUUCCCGGUGAUCCUUUGUAGGGCAAAGUAGGAAUUUCACAGGUGACACUUCUCCUCUGUGGAGCCACAUGAAAUGAUUUAUAUUUUAAAUGUUACUCUGAUUACACUUAUUGUAAAACUUGGACUGUGAUGGUGAACCAGACUGAAGAGCUGUGCUACUCCAAGUGUUACAUUUGUUUUGCAGAUUUUGGGUUAAAAAUUUAUCUUUAAACACUAAAUUUCUUUGGGCACUUGACAAUAAAAACCCAAAUCCUCACUGGUUUUCAUUAGUAUGCAGCAGUGGCAAGUCUCACUUCCUGGCAUCCAGGAGCUUAUGCAGGGCAAGGGUUUAUCCCAGUCAUCACUGUCUCCUUUCAGCUGCUUAGGAAUGAGCCAGGGAUGGAGGGUGCUGUUAUUCCAUGUGGGUGUGAUUUUGUUAAGUGAAGGGAAGUACAAACUCUGGAAUGGGGAAAGGACUCCUGACUUGUUUGGAAAGCAGGUGCCAGUGUGCUGGGCAGCAGUUCCUCUUUCUCAAGAGGCAGUGAAAGAUGGCAGUGAAUAGAGGGUCGGUCAUCUGGCCACCACACUUAGCCAAGAGGGUUAGUAGGUAAAAACGAACCUUUUCUUGCAGUUUUGGAGCAGUGAAAUGGCCCUUUGCCUGUGAGGGCUGGGCUGGAACCACGCUGAGCUGAGCUGCAGGUCACAGCCAGGCACAGGAGGGUUUGCUGAGAUGGUCUGGACUGGAUUGGUGCAGGUUGGGUGGGGAAGCUCAGGGUGUCAGGAUUGACCUGGAGCUCCUGCUGCUGGACUCAGGGAGUACAGGGAGAGAUGGGGUUUGACCAUGUCCUGACCUUGGCUCUGCUCUAGGUAAAACUCCAGGCAAGUGGAGUCCUUUCUCUUUGCACACCUCCAGAAAUGAAAAGCCUCUUUUUAGAAAAAGGAAAAGUUUCUGCUGUUGCCAUCUGCAGUCAUUCAACACCUACUUUUUUCUAACUAGACUUUUUAAAAUUAACUUAUUUUAAAAGAAAAACCCUUUUCAGAGUAUUUAUGUAUUUUUAUGGCAUUUAGUUAACAUGACUAAAUGAAAUACUCGGCUCCAAGGUGUUGCUAUUUUCCGUUAACUAAGGGCUAUCUUACCAGGAAGUGGAUGUAAGAUGUAAUGCCAGAGGAUUAAGGGAAGACAAAGAACGGUUCCACCACUGUCUUGGGGUGUUUGUUCCUGUGUUUGUUCUUGGGGGGUUGAGGGAAACUCUGAAAUCCAGCUGUGAGUGGUGUCAGUGAGGGCACAGCUGUGUAUCAGUGCUCUGUUUCUGGAGCAUUUUUAUUGACAUUGUAUCGAGAUUAAACUUUACAUGCACGUGUUCUGCAGUUAUUUAUUAAAAAAGUACUACCCCUGUGCUCUAUUAA